UUGGGGAAAGUUGUUAUGAAGACCACUUAAACGUCGUCUGUCUCCCUUACUAUGGAAGGAUCCAGCGGGUCAAGUUUUGGAAUAGACACUAUUUUAUCCUCGGCCAAUUCGGGUAACCCUGUACUAAUGAACGGAGAUUUUCGCCUUGGUGACAGCAGGACGGAUUUCAGGAGCCAAGCAACGCCGUCACCAUGCUCGGAGAUAGACACAGUGGGCACGGCCCCUUCGUCCCCCAUCUCGGUCACCAUGGAGCACCCCGACCCGCAUAUGGUGCAAGAGAGCCUCCAGCACCACCAUCUCCAUCAUCACAACCAGGCGCAAAGUUUGCAGCUCUCGCCCCAGCAGCAGCAGCAACUCGCAGCGGCUGGCUGUGUACCACGGACUGCCACCUCUUCCUUUUUAAUCAAAGACAUUUUGGGCGAUAGCAAGCCACUCGCAGCGUGCGCACCUUACAGCACUAGUGUGCCCUCACCUCAUCACACCCCCAAAGCGGAACACUGCUCACCGUCGGACGGCUUCAGGCCCAAACUGGAGCAGGAUGAAAACAGAGGGAAGCUGGACAAAAGAGAUGAUAUGCAGAACGACAUGAAAUGUAACGGAACAAAAGAAGACGGAGACCGUGAGAUCUCCAGCAGUAGAGACAGCCCGCCGUCGCGCAGCAAGAAGCCCCGCAAGGCACGGACAGCCUUUUCGGACCAUCAGCUCAAUCAGCUGGAACGCAGCUUCGAGCGCCAGAAGUACCUCAGUGUGCAGGACCGCAUGGACCUCGCGGCCGCACUCAACCUUACCGACACACAGGUCAAAACCUGGUACCAGAACCGACGGACGAAAUGGAAGAGGCAGACCGCUGUCGGAUUAGAACUCUUGGCCGAAGCUGGAAAUUAUUCUGCCUUACAAAGAAUGUUUCCGUCGCCCUAUUUCUACCACCCGAGUCUCUUAGGAAGCAUGGACAGCACAACGGCAGCCGCCGCUGCAGCGGCAAUGUACAGUAGUAUGUACCGGACUCCUUCCGCCCCGCAUCCGUCUCUUCAAAGGCCACUCGUCCCCAGGGUGCUCAUCCAUGGCCUUGGGCCUGGGGGCCAACCAGCGUUAAACCCACUGGCAAACCAGAUUCCCGGCACGCCGCAUCCACGGUAAAAAAGAGAAAGAAUUCAAAGACAAUUAAACCAUUUUUCUUUUUUCCACAUGAGAAUUAUGGGACUGCGCCGAAUUCUGAAAAAGUCAAACCUUUUUAAAAGAGACAAUUUACAGACCGUUUUACGGAUGAAGAGCAAAAAGUACUAUUUAAUAUGAACUGACGUGAACAUGGACAUUUACAAAGACCAUGACAGAAAAAGGACUGUUCUCAUGUCUGUCUGUUUUUGUUUUUGUUUUAUUUUGUACAAAUACACUUAUACUAGCAAAUAAACUUAUAAAGUUUAUUAGAUGGAAAG